AUGGGUCACUUGAUUACUGUUGCUACCUGUUCGCUUAACCAAUGGGCGCUCGACUUUGAAGGCAAUCUUGAACGCAUUCUCGAGAGCAUUCGAAUUGCAAAGGCUAAGGGUGCAAAGCUGCGUGUCGGUCCAGAGCUCGAAGUCAGUGGAUAUGGCUGUUACGAUCAUUUCCUUGAAGGCGAUACGUAUCUUCAUUCCUGGGAGGUUCUUGCUGCUAUUCUCAAAAGUGAUGUGGCCAAAGAUAUGAUUUUGGAUAUUGGCAUGCCUGUGAUGCACAAAACAGUAAAGUACAAUUGCCGUGUCAUCUUGUGUGACGGAAAGAUUGUUUGCAUUCGCCCAAAGAUCUUCCUUGCCAAUGAUGGAAACUACCGCGAGCUUCGUUUCUUUACGCCCUGGGUCCCAAAGAAGAUUGAAAAUUACUACUUGCCCCGCAUGAUCCAAGAAAUCACAAAGCAGUUCACCGUGCCCUUUGGAGAUACCGUGGUUAGCACUUUGGACACAUGCAUCGGAUGUGAGACUUGUGAGGAAUUAUUCACGCCACAAAGUCCUCACAUCUCUAUGGGAUUGGAUGGUGUAGAGAUCUUUACCAACAGCAGCGGCAGUCAUCAUGAACUUCGCAAAUUGGAUACUCGUAUUGAUCUUAUCAAAGCUGCUACUGCCAAGGUUGGCGGCAUUUAUUUGUAUGCAAACCAGCAAGGUUGCGAUGGUGAUCGUUUGUACUACGAUGGUUGCGCCAUGAUUGUCAUGAAUGGUCGUGUGAUGGCUCAAGGAUCACAAUUUUCUCUCAAUGAUGUGGAAGUUGUUACUGCAACAUUGGAUCUCGAAGAUGUUCGAUCAUUCCGUGCUAGAGUGGCUAGUCGUGGUAUCCAAGCUGUGCACACGGAGGCCUAUGUUCGACAAGAUGUUCAAUUUUCACUUUCGCACCCACAUAUGGAUUCCGAUCGAUACCUGAUCCCUAACAAGCCUCGUGAACCAUUUUACCAUUUGCCAGAGGAGGAGAUUGCUCUUGGUCCCGCUUGUUGGUUAUGGGAUUACUUGCGACGAUCCAAAACAGCUGGUUACUUUUUGCCAUUGAGUGGUGGUAUCGACAGCUGCGCUACAGCGGUGAUUGUUGCAUCAAUGUGCCGUCAAGUUGUGAAGGCUGCUGGUGAAGGCAACGAGCAAGUGAUUGCGGAUGCGAGACGCUUAGUUGGUGGAAAGGAAGAUUAUAUUCCCACUGAUCCUCAAGAAUUUGCCAACCAUAUCUUUUACACCUGCUACAUGGGCACAUCCAAUUCGAGCAAUGAAACACGUAAACGGGCAAAGGAUUUGGCUGAAACCAUUGGCAGCUAUCAUACCGACCUGAAUAUGGAUACGAUUGUCUCGGCUAUUCACAGCCUCUUUUCACUUGUCACUGGCAAAACACCAAAGUAUCGCGUUCAUGGUGGAUCCAACACGGAGAACUUGGCAUUACAAAAUAUCCAGGCGCGAUUGCGUAUGCUCUUAGCCUAUCUCUUUGCUCAAUUGAUGCCAUGGGCUCGCUCCAAGGAAGGUGGCCUAUUGGUCCUCGGCAGUGCCAAUGUUGAUGAAAGUCUUCGCGGCUAUUUGACAAAGUAUGAUUGUAGCAGUGCUGAUAUCAACCCCAUUGGUGCCAUUAGCAAGACCGAUCUCAAGAGAUUCAUCGCUUAUGCACGUGACAGCUUUGAUAUGCCUGUUCUUGACGAAUUCUUGGAGGCUACACCCACAGCCGAGCUUGAACCAAUCACUGAGACUUAUGUGCAAUCAGAUGAAGCGGAUAUGGGCAUGACUUAUGAUGAGCUCUCGCAAUAUGGUCGUUUACGCAAGGUGGAAAGAUGUGGUCCAUUUUCGAUGUUUUACAAGCUCUUCCAUGAAUGGGGAGGAUACUUGCGUCCAACUGAAGUUGCAGCCAAGGUCAAACGCUUCUUUUUCUACUAUUCGAUCAAUCGACACAAAAUGACCACUAUCACGCCUUCCUAUCACGCUGAAGGAUAUAGCCCUGAUGAUAACCGCUUUGACUUGCGGCCAUUCUUGUACAACGCCUCGUGGAAAUGGCAAUUCAACAAGAUCGACAAGGCUGCUGAAAAAUUAGAGCAAGAAGGUAGUGCAGCCGAGAAUAGCAACGCAUAA